GUCAGCCAGCAUUUCUCUGGGUACCCCCAGGCCACUUGGAAGGCUGGGCUCUCCCACUUUUGGGUCACCUACACUUGACCCUCCUUUGGCUCCAGGCUGGCUCAGGGUCCAUCGAGCAGAUUGGGGGGGUGGGGGGAGAGGGAGGAGAUGCUGGGCUGAAUCUGGGUGGAGGGUCCUUUUGGGCUAGGCCUAUCUCUUGCUUCCUGUCUCUGUCCCUAGCUCCUUCCUGAUCAGCUGCCUCUCUGUUUCCAGAUCCCUGUUCCCCAAACCCCUGCUUCAACAAUGGUGAAUGCCAGGUGACUUCCGAGGAACGGCGAGGGGACGUUUUCACCCAGUAUACCUGCACGUGUUCUCAGGGCUACAUGGGCACCCACUGUGAGACCCCUCGAAUCCCUCCCACAAGUGCUCCCACCCACAUCGAGACUCCUCCUCACCUGCUUUUGGAGUGCCUCACACCACUGGGCAUGGAGCAGGGCGCCAUUGCCGACUCCCAGAUCUCUGCCUCAUCUGUGCACUUGGGCUUCUUGGGUUUGCAGCGCUGGGGCCCAGAGCUGGCCCGCCUACACCUCACAGGCAUCGUCAAUGCCUGGACGGCCAGUAACUAUGAUAAGAACCCCUGGAUCCAGGUGAACAUGCAGCGGAAGAUGCGGGUGACGGGUGUGGUGACGCAGGGUGCCAGUCGUGCGGGGACUCAUGAGUACCUAAAGACCUUCAAGGUGGCCUACAGCCUUGAUGGACACACGUUCAGCUUCAUCCAGGAUUCAGAGAAAUUGGGAGACAAGGUGUUUGUGGGUAACGUGGACAACAACAGCCUGAAGAUCAACCUGUUUGAGGUCCCUGUGGAGGCGCAGUAUGUGAGGCUGUUUCCUGUGAGUUGCCACUGGGCCUGCACCCUGCGCUUUGAGCUUCUUGGCUGUGAGUUGAACGGAUGCUCCGAAUACCUGGGCCUGAAGAACAACGCCAUCCCUGACAGGCAGAUUACGGCCUCCAGCACCUACAAGACCUGGGGCCUACCCGCCUUCAGCUGGCACCCCUCCUAUGCACGGCUGGACAAGCAGGGCAAGUUCAAUGCAUGGACCGCCCGGACAAACAGCGCCUCCGAGUGGCUGCAGGUUGACCUGGGCUCCCAGAGGGAGGUGACGGGUGUCAUCACCCAGGGGGCCCGUGACUUUGGCCACAUCCAGUAUGUGGCAUCCUACAAGGUGGCCUACAGCAACGACGGCCGGCAGUGGACUGAGUACAAGGAGCCCAGGACCGGCAAGAGCAAGAUCUUCCGCGGCAACUCGGACAACAACUCCUACAAGAAGAACGUGUUCGAGACGCCCAUCCAGGCUCGCUACGUGCGGAUCCUGCCCGUGGCCUGGCACAACCGCAUCACCCUGCGUCUGGAGCUGCUGGGCUGCUAGUGGCCACCUGCCCCUCCCUCCCUGGUCCUCCUGCCUUCUGUGAGCCUGCUGCCUCCUCAGCCCUCCCUGAUUGUAACGGCUCUGAUGGAGGGCGGGGAGGGUGAGGGGGUUUUAGAGGCAGGGCCACCAGGCAGUCGCCUCUCCCUCCCACAUCCUCACCUCCACCUCUCACAGGCCCCUGGCGCCGGGCCCUUGCAUCGCCCCAUUUUCCUAGGCACUGAGGGAGUGGGGUAGGUCUGGGAUGGAUGGGAAAGGGUGUGUGGGUUCCCUGCAUCUCUCUGGACCUCUGACUCCAAGCUUGGGGUAGCUCUAGAAGUGCCUGUAUCUUCCCCAGCUCCUCUCCACACAGCACAUUCCCACAUCCCCGAGGAAGCCCAUGGCGCCAGGCUGGAGAUACAGCUUCCUGUCCAUCAGCCCUGGGGUACCAUGCUGCCACUGUUCCUGCUGCUUCCUGACCCCCUGGCACUCCUCUUAUCUCCCUGGAGACCUCUCUUGACCUUUGUCCUGAAGCCUAGUAAGACAGAAGGGGGCUGGGCAGGUCUAGAGAAAGACUGGGGAAGGAGAGGGGUUGGCUGGGUGGGCACGGGGGGCCCUCUGUGCUGGCUCUUCACCCCACAGUACACAGGCAGCUUCUAAAUAUAUUUAUAUUCUUCACUGGGA